AUGCGGAGGCUGCAGGUGGUGCUGGGUCACCUGAAGGGCCGGCCCGCUUCGGACCCGGAGCCGAAGGCCGCCCCGUGUUGGAGCGGCGCGCGGCGGGAGUCCGCAGAGGAUGUCGUGGUGGUGCACGGGCGGCGCACGGCCAUUGGCCGUUCGGGCCGCGGCGGCUUCAAGGAUACCACCCCCGACGAGCUUCUCUCCGCCGUCAUGACCGCGGUUCUCAAGGACGUCAAGCUGAGCCCGGCCCAGCUGGGAGAUAUCUGUGUGGGAAAUGUGCUUCAGCCUGGGGCCGGAGCGGUCAUGGCCCGAAUCGCCCAGUUUCUGAGUGACAUCCCGGAGACUGUGCCUUUGUCAACUGUCAAUAGACAGUGUUCGUCGGGGCUCCAGGCGGUGGCCAGCAUAGCUGGUGGCAUCAGAAAUGGGUCUUAUGACAUUGGCAUGGCUUGUGGGGUGGAGUCCAUGUCCCUGGCUGACAGAGGGAACCCUGGAAAUAUUACUUCACGCGUGGUGGAGAAGGAGAAGGCCAGAGACUGCCUGAUUCCUAUGGGGAUAACCUCAGAGAACGUGGCUAAGCAGUUUGGCAUUUCGCGGGAGAAGCAGGAUACCUUUGCACUGGCUUCUCAGCAAAAGGCAGCCAGAGCCCAGAGCCAGGGCUGUUUCCAGGCUGAGAUCGUGCCUGUCACCACCACGAUCCGUGACGACAAGGGCACAGAGCAAAGCGUCACUGUGGCCCAGGACGAGGGCAUCCGCCCCGGCACCACCAUGGAGGGCCUGGCCAAGCUGAAGCCCGCCUUUAAGAACGGGGGCUCUACCACAGCUGGAAACUCGAGCCAGGUGAGUGAUGGGGCCGCUGCCAUCCUGCUGGCCAGGAGGUCCAAGGCAGAAGAGUUGGGCCUUCCCAUCCUGGGGGUCCUGAGGUCCUAUGCGGUGGUCGGGGUCCCGCCUGACAUCAUGGGCAUUGGCCCUGCCUACGCCAUCCCGGUCGCUUUGCAGAAAGCAGGGCUGACGGUGGACGACGUGGACAUCUUUGAGAUCAACGAGGCCUUUGCCAGUCAGGCUGUGUACUGUGUGGAGAAGCUGAAACUGCCCCCUGAGAAGGUGAACCCUCUGGGGGGUGCAGUGGCCUUGGGCCACCCGCUGGGCUGCACGGGGGCUCGACAGGUCAUCACGCUGCUCAACGAGCUGAAGCGUCGCGGGAAGAGGGCCUAUGGGGUGGUGUCCAUGUGCAUUGGCACUGGCAUGGGAGCCGCUGCUGUCUUUGAAUACCCUGGAAACUGA